AUGUCGAGCAAAACAACAGUCAAAGUCGCCCUCGAUUGGACUCCAAACACCAUCCACUCCGGCCUCUUCUGCGCCCUCGAAAAAGGUCUCUACUCAGACCAAGGACUCGACGUGCAGCUCCUGCCACCCAACGAAGACUACACCACCACACCAGCCAAACGAGUUCAAAAUGGAGAAGUCGACCUUGCAGUCUGCCCCUCAGAAUCCGUGAUCGCAUACAACGAAACCGGGCGCAUGAAACUCCAGGCCAUCUAUGCCAUCCUCCAACGAGACGUCAGUGCCAUCACGUCGACGAAAGUGCGUGAUCUUGCGAAGCUUGACAGUGGCACUUAUGGAAGCUACAACGCCAAGUACGAAGAUGAGAUUGUGAAAGCGAUGGUGACUGCUGCUGGUGGCAAAGGGGAUGGGAUGCAGAUUAAGAACUCGACUGGGAAGUUCUCGCUCUUUGACGAGGUGAAGAAGGGAGCGCUGGAUGCCACUUGGGUCUUCAUGCCUUGGGAGGGGGUAGAGGCGGAGCUCGAGGGUGUUGAACUGCAUGCGUUCAGGCCUGAAGACCACGGUGUACCGUAUGGGUACUCGCCGGUGAUCGCUCGCAAUGCAGCCUCAUCACUCGACUCCGAUGCACUGCGGAGGUUUGUCAAGGCGACAGCCAAGGGCUAUGAGUAUGCUAUGAAGGACUCCAAGGACGCUGCUGGCAUAUUGGCACCUCACUGUCGCCCCGAGAAGUUCGCGACCUUCCUCAACAGCAGCCAGGAGCGGAUCAACGAGUUCUACCUUGAUGAGGAGAACUCCGCAGGGCCAGGCCGGAUGAGGGAAGCGAAAUGGACGUCGUGGACGAGCUGGUUGAGACAAAGAGGGCUGCUGGGGGUAGAAUUGCCGACCACCGAUUUGUUCACGAACGAGUUCUUCGACAUACCGUUCGUCAACCUUCCUGAGCAAUCCGGACCAUCCUACCAUUCGCUUCCAAGCAGUUCACGGGAACCAGAAGAUGUCCGCCAGGCACUUCCCACGCUCGCUGUUGCAUGCUCAGACGAAUCGUUCAAAUGCAUCGAAGAACGAACAACCACCAGCAACCCGGAAACAAGACCGUUGUAG